GGAAACACCUACCCACUGGCAGCCUCUGCCAGGCACGAAAGCAGCCAUGUUGGUCAAAGUGAACAGUUUGAGGCAGGUACAGAGCUCUUCAAGCAGUUCGCUUCAGCUGCAGAGUGCUCCAGAGGCCAACAGCCAAAAAUCUCUUCCAAAACCAGCCAUAUAUGCUCAGCCUCAGUCCACAUCCCAGAGCCCUGGAGCCACAAAGCAAAUGGCUACAGGAGAAAUGAAGCAGUCUAUGCAGGUCAAAAAGACAGAGAAUGGUGGGUUUUGCCUAGUGUUGAUGAAUGGUCCAACUUCUCAAACGCCUCCAAGGAGCCAGACGGGAACCCCCCAGCCUGCAUCCCCCAAGUAUGCUUCCCCUGCACCUAUAUACGAUGAGCCAUCUUUAGAGUCUCCAAUUUAUGAUGAGCCACCAGUAGAUAUGGACACUGAAAGCAUUGGUAUGUGUGGGAUGUCUCCACAAAGGUCGCCAAGCAAUAGCUUAAAAAAGCGGCUGCAACCAACCAAAUUAUUACAGCAUCCAGGUAUGCAACAGCAGCAAGCUGCAAAGAAGCAUGUAAGAAAUCCUUCUUCCACUGACUACAGCCCAGCUGGCAGAGAAUAUAUAAAACACAUGGUCAAUGUUGACCAGUCUUCCAAACUCCCCCACUCUCCUGCCGCAACAGCCGAUGCCUCUGCUAAACUGCCUGGUCAGCUCGCUUCAAAGGACAGCUUCAAGCAGUCUUGGAGGAUGUUGGAAGCCAACGUCCUCAAGAACAUGGAAGCUCACCACAGUCGGCAGAACAGCCUGCAAACUCAAGAGUACCCAACUGGUAUAAGCCAUCAGGAUUCUGGCUAUUCAACUGGCCCUUCUCCAAGCUUGAGGAAAAGGAAAGGAAGGAGGCAAGGGGCAGGUCAAGGAAGACCGGGCUCUGUGGGCAGUGGCAGCGAGCUCACGGCUUUGAACGAUAAGCUGAUUGCCGAGAUGCGUGCUGUGGUGGGCAGGUCAGCAGGUUGCAGGGGAAGCAAAGCCAGCCUCGACGCUGAAAGUCUGGAGAGUGGAAUCCCAACAGAGAGCAGCAGAGUCAGAUUUCAGUCUGACCACUUGAAAAAAUGCAUCAGCCGGAGCUCAAGGGAUGAUGUCUCGUCUAGCAAUAGGUCUCUGUAUAGACAGGGCCUGGAGAGCAGGGGCAGCUUUCCCAACGAUGUGGCUGCACCACAGGACACAGUGAGGCAGAAGAGGACUUUUGAGAAAAUAGAUUCUUUAGAAAAGAACGUAACCAGCCAGACAAGUUUGGCUUCAUCAGACGCUACAUGCCGCUCCUCCCAGCCGGGGACAAUAGAGUUGGACCCCAAGCAGGAGAGCAGCGGCCAGCCUGAGGGCUGUGUAGGAUAUAAUUUCCCUUACAAUACUCUACGGAAGCCCAUAUCUCAGAGCAGCAUGGCAGACUGGGCUUCUAAAAACCUGAACAUGCACACACAGGGCAUCUUCCGUCGAAGAAUCUCCAUCUCCAACAUGCUCUCCUGGAAUGGUGGCUCUAUCAAGAAGCCAAUGCUCAUCACAAGCAACCGCACCAUUAAAAAAGAGGCAUGCGAGAUGUUCAAACUGGUGCAGAGCUACAUGGGAGAUCGUCACACUCGCAUGGACCGGAAUCACGUGGCGUUGGUCACAGUCACCAAGUGCUGGAGCAUGCAAGGUUUACGGGAUGAGCUCUACAUACAGCUGAUGCGGCAGACAACAGACAAUACCUGCUACCGAAGUCUGGCGUGGGGCUGGGAACUGAUGGCCAUCAGUCUGGCCUUUUUCUCCCCAUCACCCAAGUUUCAGUCUUACCUGGAAGGUUACAUUUAUCGACACCUUGACAGUGAUGAAAACAUUGCCAAGCGCAUCAAGGAGCUUGUGGAUCUGAAAAACAAGAAGAACUCUAAAUCCAGGAAAAAGAGGAAACAGAACACCGAGAAUGAAGGUCUGCCCAUCAGCACCUACGCCAAAUACUGCUACCGGAAACUCCAGAAAGUCGCCAUCACUGGAGGCAAAAAGGGCCUCCGCAAACCAACGGUGGAAGAGAUCACACAUGCCAGGAACGCCAUCGUGACGCCAUCGCUCUUCGGCAGCUCUCUGGAGGAAAUCAUGCUGCGGCAGCAGGACACGUACCCGGGUAACAAGCUGCCCUGGGUGCAGACACAGCUAUCGCAGCAGGUCCUGGCUCUGGGGGGAGAACAAACAGAGGGGAUUUUCAGGAUACCUGGUGACAUAGAUGAAGUCAAUGCAUUGAAGUUGCAGGUGGAUCAGUGGAGAAUCCCAAGCGGGCUCAGUGAUCCCAACAUCCCAGCCUCUCUUCUCAAGCUGUGGUAUCGGGAGCUGGAGGAGCCUGUGAUCCCCCAGCAGUUCUACAAAGAGUGUAUCAGUAACUACGAGAACCCCGACGCUGCUGUGGCCGUGGUGCAGCUUUUGCCGGAGCUCAACAGACUGGUGCUGUGUUACCUCAUACACUUCCUGCAGAUCUUUGCUCAGCCGUCAAAUGUGGGCAGAACGAAGAUGGAUGUGAAUAACCUGGCCAUGGUGAUGGCCCCCAACUGCCUGCGCUGCCAGUCUGAUGACCCUCGCGUUAUCUUUGAGAACACGCGCAAAGAAAUGUCCUUUCUCCGCAUGCUGAUAGUGCACUUGGACACAAGCUUCGUCAAAGGGCUGGUCUGA